UUAUUAUUGCUGUACAAAAGCAAGGCAAAAAAAGGUAUUAAAUAAAUCAACACAGGAGACGUGUAUUGAGAAGAAGUAAAGUGCUAGUGCGGUAUUAAUUAUGAAUCAGUUACUUCUUCUCGCCGUACCGACUUAAUUUACGUUCGUUUUGAUAAGAAAAUGUUGGCUGUUGUGUAAUUUGUAAAGACGUUUGGAUAUAUAAAUUAAUGCAUAAAUGGAAAUGGCGAAAAGUGCUCUUUAAUUUACAUUUCAUUCAAAGUGAAACUGAUAAGGUCUGAAUAAGUUUGGCUAUAAAUGUGUAUAAUAAUAAAAGAAAGGUUGGAAAGUGAAAUUUGAGAAUUUAAUAAUAGAGUUUGGAUUGGAAGCAAAGUUUGAUGCUAUAAAUAUGUAUAUAGAGAGCUAACUUAGUAACUGCUCAACACUAACAGUCAGUAGUGCUAUAUAUUGUGUAUUUAAUAUUGGCAACAAAAAAAAAAAUAUAAAAAUAGAAAAACAGGAAAUUCCGCAUAGAUACACACAUAUACAUAGUCUUUCCAUGUUAUAAAUUCUUUUCAAGAAGGCCGAAAAAGCCAAGCGAUUUCCUUGCUAUGUGUAGUGCAUAAUAUUAUAUCUGAAAAUAGAAAAAAAAGAAGAAAUAACAAAACAUUUUUUUUCGUAUGUGAGUGGUGAACCAAAAGGAAGGCACAAAAAAAAUAUCGAUUAAAUGUUAAAAGUUUUAUGAGAUAAAAAAAAGGAAUAAUUACACGAGAUGAGAUAGUGCAAUCAUUAAAUUGGAUAAAAGUGAACUAAGAUGAUGCUGAUAAGAGUAUCUCAAUAAAGCUCUUGCUGCAAAGGAUAAAAGAAAAAUUCAAAAGUUAAGACAAAAAAAAAAUACUCAAUUUUGGUGCUCAGUGAAUAAAUGAAGUAUUUUUUAGUCUUGGAUCUUAAUUAGAAAAUUCCAUUCUCGUUUCGAGUGAAUUUUAACGUAGAUAUUUUCACGAGGAACACAAAAGAAGAAUGUGAAGGAAAAGAUAACGAACGAGGAAAAUCGAUAAGAGAGGAAAAAGGCAGCAAAUUUUCCUUUUUUUCCCGUGAAAUAACAAAACACAAAAAAGAGAAGAAAAAAAACCUUUUUUUUCUAGUAAAUAUUCAUUCUAAAAAAUAGGAGAGAAGAUGAAGAUCCUUCAUAUGGAAGUGCCAGUUAUGCAAAUUUACUUUUUUCUUUUCAUUGUGAUCGUGAUAAUAAACACAAGUGGCGGUGAUACACAAGCAUCAUAUUGGGAUGAAAAUCUUUCCCAGCCAUAUUUCGACAAUACAACGAAGCGCGACAUAACCGUGACAAUUGGACAGACAGCAAUUCUUCAUUGUAAAGUUAGGAACCUUGGCGAUAGAGCUGUCUCAUGGAUUCGAAAGCGUGAUCUUCACAUCAUGACAAUUGGCAUAUUGACAUACACAAAUGAUCAACGCUAUCAAGCUCUUCACACGGAGGGCUCAGAUGAGUGGUCGUUGCGCGUUACAUCAGCACAACCUCGCGAUAGUGGUGUUUUCGAGUGUCAAGUAUCAACAGAGCCGAAAAUAAGUCAAGCAUACCGUCUCAAUGUUGUCGUAUCAAAGGCGAAAAUUCUUGGCAAUCCCGAAUUGUACAUAAAAAGUGGCAACGACAUCAAUUUAACAUGCACGACAUCACACGUCACAAAUCCACCGUCAUUUAUCUAUUGGUAUAAGGGUGGUCGUGUUGUAAACUAUUCACAGCGUGGCGGCAUUAAUGUCAGCACUGAUCGCACCACGAAAACUAGCAACUUAAUUAUAUCGAGGGCGGCACCGUCUGAUAGUGGAAAUUAUACAUGUGCACCGAGCAAUUCAGAUGCUGAUUUCGUCAUGGUACAUGUGAUAAACAACAUCGAUCCAGCGGCCAUGAAGCAUGGCAACAACAGCGGAACAAGUCUCUCGAUAUCAUAUAGAUAUAACAAUUAUUAUCAACAUUCAACGUUCAUUGUAUGGAAAUAUUGUCUUGUCAUAUUAGUACUGAUAAAUAAAUCAUUUUCAAUUAGGUGACUAUAGUAGGAACUUGUAAACUGUACAUAAUAUACAUAAAUAAAUAUGUUAAUUAAUAUGAAAUGGAAUGAAUUGAAG